UGAGUUGAUCACACGUGAUCGACCCAAGCGCAUUUUUCCAUUUAUGGGUUUGCAGCCCUUGGAAUCAAAAAUGGCAUCGAUUUCAUAUUCAGGAAGAGCCACUACAGUAAGGAAAGUAACCUUUUAAGGGUUGCGUAAAAAAGCGUGUAAUACGUACGUAAAACGUAAGGUGAAAUUUUAAAAACUUAAUUUAAUCAACCUUCCUGUGCUUCAAUCAUUCUGUUUUUUGGUCAGCUCUUGCCAGACACAAUACACAUAUUAAAACCGCAUCAAAAAAGCUUAAACUGGUGGAGAAAAAAACUCUACAGACGGACAAAACGCUGAAAAUAGCGUCAUUUGUUGAAAAGAUAAAAAAAAAUAAAAAUAUUAUGAAUUGUAAAAUCGUCAAUUAAGUCAUGGAAGAGAAUAAAUGUGUAAUCAAGAACUGUGGAAGUACAACAAACAAUCUAUUCUGCUCACCAUCAGACGAUGAAAUAUUGAAGAAAUGGCAGGAAAUCAUCAAAACAACAGAAUCUUCAUUUUAUGUUUGUGACAAUCACUUUUCAUCAAAAGAUGUAGUAAUAGAGAGGUAUUUAGAGCCAUUGGCAGUUCCAACACUCGAUAUAAUUGAUGAAGUUGAGAAUGUGGUAGUUGAUACAUGUGGAAUAUGUCUGGAAAAGUUAAAAGAUGAAAAGAUCCAGUUAUCAAAACAGAAUUCUGAUAAUUUUAAGGCAGUAACUGGUUAUGAACCUGUAAAAGAUCAAAUCUGUGAAUCCUGCAGCAAUUUUCUUCAAACUUAUCAAAUUUUUAAGACAGAGAUUAAGGAAAAGCACAAGAAGUUGAGAUUUAAGGAUAUCCAGAACAAUGAAAGUGAUGAUGACUGUGUUGUUGUUGUGUCUGAAAGUAUUGAAAAACCUAGUGAUAGAUCUAAACUCCCUAGAAUCGUUAAAUUACCUCCAAGCAUAAUCAGCAAAGUAAAGAAGCUUAAUGAUGGAAAUGACAUUAAGACUCAAUUCAGAUGUAAGCAUUGCUACUUUAAAACGAACGAGAGAAUAUCACUAAUUGAGCAUAUUGACGGUAAUCAUUACUUCCCAUGUCGACAAUGUCCAUUCAUCAGUUCCAAUAAGCCACUAUUGACGCUUCACGUCAACAAGUUCCAUUCAAUAGACAAAGUAUCCAUAAUAUGUGGUAUAUGUGAUAAAACAUUCAACGACAAAAAUGAAAUUGAUCGACAUUAUGAGACUAAGCACGACGAACAGACUUGCAGCUUCUUUAUGUGUUUUUACUGCAAGACAAACUGUAAAACUGGAUUGGAACUAAGAUAUCAUUACGAUCAGUUCCAUUCGACUGGUUUAACAACAGCACAGCAUCAGAUUAAUAACACAAAGUUGCAACUAGCUUUAUUGAUUGGGAAUAAAGAAAGAAAGACAGAUGCAUCAAAAAAUAGAAGCUACAAUGAAAUCAUGGACAGAAUCAAGAAUGUCGUGACUGUAAAGAAAGUUCCAAACAAGAAGAAAAAGAGAAAAAUCAGUUCCAGUUGCUUAUUACCACUAAAUACGCCAAUUUACAUCGGACAAAGUGAAAAGCCAAAGCCUCAAAAGCCAGUUCCAAAAAUAACGGAAGUAACCAUCGUAAACAACUCAAAUAGCUACUUAGCAGAAAUUCCAGAUCCAAUGACAAGUUCAGACGAGGAAAUCGAAGCUGUAAUUGCAGAUAUUAUAGACACAAUAUCACUUGAUUCCGAUUCUGACUAUGACGUGCCAUUAAAAAAACUAGCUGCAAGCACUUCGACCGAUAAGGCACAAGAUAUCAAGAAUGUAUUAAAAAAUAGAGUUCAAUCAAUCAAAGAUGGAACUAGAGAGUUUGAUAAAAACAAGAAGGAACUGGAUAAGAAUCUUAAGUAUGUCUUUCGAUGUUUUACCUGUGAUGAGUAUUAUGAUGACGUCACGAAGCUUCUGAAACAUCGAGAGGAUGUACAUCCACCAUCAGAAACAUUAAAGAACUAUCAGCCUUUUGACAUGACAAAAGUACCAGCAGAUCCACGAAAAUAUGAGCGUAAAAAGCCUGAAAAUAAGAAUGCGAAAGUUGCCUGCGAUAUUUGUUCCUUUAUAGUUCAAGAAAAUAAUCUUGAGAGACACAAGAGACGCGUACAUGCUGAAAAACAAUAUUUAUGUCAUGUCUGUUCGAAAGCAUUCGGUGAUCCAUCAGCAUUUAAAUAUCACGUGAUGAAGCAUGAUCCUGAAACGAUGUAUCAAUGUGAUAUGUGCAAUAAAGGUUGGGUAACAAAAGGAUUGCUUGCUAAGCACAUAAGACGUACACAUUUAAAGAUACCUUCAGUAAGAGAUGUAUGUACGAUCUGUAAAAAGAAGCUAUACAGGAACAUGAAGCAUACAAAUGUUCUAGAAAUGCAUAUGAAGAAGUAUCAUCCAGAUGGCAAGGAUGAUGGACAUCGAGUCAAUGAAGAAACUAAUUAUUAUGACUGUGAAAAAUGUGGAGCUUCAUACUGGGAUUUAUACACAUUCAUUAGACAUAGCUGUGACAAAGGAAGGCACCAAGUUCGAUGUCUUGACUGUUUAAUGCCGUGUGGAAGUCUUGAAAGCUUAGCUAAGCAUAAAGUCACGAGAUGCAAAAAGAUUAAUCCAUUUACUAAUUCUAUUGGUCUUAAGGAUCUUGCUGAUGCAAAAGAGAGGAUUAAUAGCAAUCCAAACUACCAAAAAAUAUUGCAGCAACAACAAACUUAUAGUAAUGUCCAGCAGCAUAAUUCUAAUAAUGUACAAUCUCAAGUUCCUCAAAUGCAGCCACAAACAUCGCAAGCUCAACCUCAAAUUCAGAUUCAAAGUCAACAAUACUUUCAUUUCCAUCCGCAAUAUCAACCUCAGUUCUUUACAAACUUCCAAAAUUGACAUGUUGAUAUGAAUAAUUAAGGCUUUAUGGUCAUAUAUGGAAGAAGUUAUCAUUUAAAUGUAAAGAGAAUAAAACUUUAAGAAAUUGUCUAUUUGUUUAAUACUAAGCAUAAGUUGCU